GCUCCUCGGCUCCUCGGCCUUGCACUAUGCCUGCUGCGGAGCCGCGCUCCUGCGCGCCCCACAAAAGUGUACCCGGGGCUCGGGGCGAACGUCGUCACCCCAGCAGGCACCACUAGCCUGGCAGUGUGGGCGGGCUAGCCAUGGGGGAUCCGGGCCACCAGGAGUAUAAGAUCCAGUCUCUGGACCCCGAGACCCAGCAGCUCCUGAAGACAGCGCUCAAAGAGCCCAAUUCCGUGGACUUGGAGAGAGUAGCCAAUGUCCUUGUGGACCAGUCGUUGCGGGACUGCGUGUUCAGCAAGGAGGCUGGGCGCAUAUGCUACACCAUCAUGCAGGUAGGGGAGAUGGCCGGGACCUUCCCGGGGUCCGGGGCCGGGCAACAGGUGGGCUUCACGGGCUUCCCGGGGCAGGCAGAGAAUAAGGCAUCGGGCCAGAGCGUGUUCCGCCGGGGGCUCCUGAACCGCCUGCAGCAGGAGUAUCAGGGCCGCGACCAGCUGCGCGCCCGCUCCCGGCAUGGAUGGGUCGGCUACGUCACCUUCAUCUGCAACGUCUUCGACUACCUGAGGGUGAACAACAUGCCCAUGGUGGCUCUGGUGAACCCCGUUUUUGAUUGCCUUUUCCGGCUGGCCCAGCCUGACAGCCUGUGCCAGGAGGAGGAGGUGGACUGUCUGGUGCUGCAGCUGCACCGUAUCGGGGAGCAGCUGGAGGCGAUGAACGGUCAGCGCAUGGUGGAGCUGUGGGAGCGGCUGCGGGACGGCUUCCUGCUGGAGCCGGGGCUCAGCUCCAUGGCGCGGCUGCAGCUGCUCGAGCUCAUCGAGUUCCGGGCGGCCGGCUGGAGGACCAGCCCGGCCGCGCAGAGAUACUACUACAGCGAGAGCUCCGAUGGCGACGGAGUCGAGAGGGGGACUUUUCUCACAUAGCAGAGUUUUAAUGAACUGCUCAACCGCCUGCUCGGGCCCCACGGGGGCUCUUCUAAUAAACGUUUUCCAAGCUCA